GCCGAAUACAUACUAAUGCAGAUGCCCUUUCUCGAAUUCUUAGAGAAGAUAAAGAAAUGGUGUAUAUAAUGGACCGGUAUAAAGAAAUGGAACCAGAUGAGGAAGUUUUGCAAAACAUCAUCAGGACUUUAAGUCCUAAUCCACUACCAGCCACAUUUGCUCAAUUAAGCCAGAAAAAUAGUAGUAAGUAUUGGCCACGGGACUGGAGAGAUCCUACGGCCCAGUGCUGGUGUGAUGACAAACUUUAUUCUCCCUCAGAUGAUUGCAUUAAGUGCAAAUGUGAUCUACGGCUAUGGACAACCAUUAAAAGUUGUCCACCUGAUAAAAUCAUCAAGUACUAUUGGUCUACACCGAACUAUAAGGAAGAAACAGCUUACAUAUAUCCCAAUAUCGCUCCAAAUCAGGAGAUAACCGAAAAUCUGGCAGAUCGAUUAAUAACAAUCGUAGAAGAUCUACCGGUUAAACGAUCUAUGGCUGGUGAUAAAGUGUUGUUAUAUGACGCUGCAAAAGCUAACAGUCAUUCAGGAAAACUUCUAUCUCAAUGGUUGGGCCCUUUUAUAAUUGCUCAAAGAGUUGCGCAAGAUGUCUAUAAGCUGAAAACAAUGGAAGAACGUCCUUUGGAUGCCCUCAUAAUGCCCUCUUGUUGA